AUUUCACAAAGGCGUUUGUAGCUUUCCAUAUAAAAUGGAAAUUAUAUACGUAUUAAGGGCGUAUUAGUUGUAAUUACUGUUGUGUUUUGUUAUUAUACAGCGGACGUGCAUGAUAGAUAUAAAAAAAAACACUGGAAUACAAAAUGUCAGGUCUAGUAAAGCCUAAACAAUACAACUGGAAAGAUACCAAUUUGGCACUAUUUGGGUCUAGCACUGAGAAGGAUAUCAAAAAAUCAGCUGCAGCAACGGAACCAGCUUGGAAAAAUGCGGGAACCAAACCUGGACUUCAAAUUUGGCGGAUUGUCGAAUUCAAAGUCACCCACUGGCCGGUACAAGAUUACGGGAAAUUUUUCGACGGCGACUCGUAUAUCAUCCUGAAUACAUACAAGGAACUCGACUCUGACCAGUUGUUAUAUGACGUCCAUUUUUGGAUAGGAAAAUACAGCUCACAGGAUGAAUAUGGAACGGCGGCAUAUAAAACGGUAGAGUUAGACAUAUUACUUGAUGAUAAACCUAUUCAACAUAGAGAGGUACAGGGGCACGAGUCUAAACUCUUCAAAUCUUACUUCGAUACAAUCACAAUUCUUAGAGGGGGUGCAGAGAGUGGCUUUAAGAAGGUGGAACCAACAAAAUAUGAGCCCAGACUUCUACAUUUCCAUGGCAACAGAAAACACAUUGAAGUCACAGAGGUACCACGAUGUCUGGAGUUAAUUGAUUCAUCAGAUGUGUACAUCCUUGACCUUGGCCUCAAAAUUUAUCAAUGGAAUGGAAAGAACAGCAACAAGGACGAAAGAUUCCGUGCUGCAGGUUAUAUUAAUGAAAUCAAACAUCAACGUGGAAAAUGUACCUCGGAGACCAUUGAUGAAGGCAUGCAGGCCUGUGGUACGUUUUAUAAUAAACUGGACGAAGUUGAAGAAACAAAUGGCAUAAACAGCAAAAUGUGUACGGAACCUGUUUCAAAGAAAUUGUUCAGAUUGAGUGAUGAAACCGGGGAGAUGACGUUCAAAAUGGAAAAAGAAGGUCCAAUGACACAAAAAGACCUCGAUACGAAUGAUGUGUUCAUUCUCGACACAUGUAGUGAUGUAUUUGUAUGGAUAGGCAAUGCAACAACAAGUAACGAGAAGAAGAACGCCAUGGUGUAUGCACACGUGAGAGUUUUUAUUCUUCUCAAGAGUUUCUAUUCCAUAAUU